AGCAGCAGAGCCCAGUUCACCAAUCGCGGAUUCGGCGCGGGUAGCGACCUCUUCUUCCCAGCUCGCAUAUCUUCGUCCUCUCUCUCAAAAAAACAACAACAGAUAUCUCCACGACUCCACCCAGUCCAGCAGUCCUCACACCACCGGCAACCAUGCUGAUUUCUCCGAGACUCGCAGCACCGGCCGCCUCUCGCGGCUCCCCCUCCUCCUCUCUCACCACCACCUCGCCCUCACGUCUCGGAAUCCAUGGCCGCAGCCGGAGCGGCCUCUACGUACCGGCCGACACGGCUUCUCGCCACCACCGCGACCGUGAGCGCCCGGCGCUCCACUUCGCAAGUCCCGUCGUCUCCACCUCUGCCACUAGCACCAGCUCGUCGGGGCCCAUCGAUCGCCAAUUCGACAGCGACGAGCUCAGGAGGCUGUGCCGAGGACCCAACCCGGAGGCCGCCGUUAAAUUGCUCGACCAAAUGCUCCGACGAGGCGAAGCCGAGCUCGAGCCGGACGAGCAAGCCGCGCUCCUCCAGUCCUGCGCCGACGCGCGUUCGCUAGCCGUGCUAAGGCGAGCGCACCGCCUGCUCGCUUCCAGUCCCUCGUCUGCGAUCCCCGCGUCCAUCCUGCACGGGAUUGCAACGCAGUACCUCAAGCUCGGCGCCCGCGGCGACGCCCGGCGCGUCCUCGAGGGGCCGGCGCCGCCUCCGCGGAGGGGGAAGGCGGGCGAAGAUGCGGCGGCGCAGGCGAAGCGGCGGGAGGCGUACGAGAAGGUGCGGGAGCUGCACGAGCAGAUCCGCGCGGCGGGGUACGUGCCGGACACGCGCCACGUGCUGCACGACAUCGACGAGGGCGCCAAGGCCCGCGCGCUCAUGUACCACAGCGAGCGCCUGGCCAUCGCGUUCGGGCUGGUGAGCACGCCGCCGGGUACGCCGCUCCGGGUCAUAAAGAACCUGCGCAUCUGCGGGGACUGCCACAACGCCGUCAAGCUCAUCGCCAAGGUCACCGGCCGCGAGAUCGUCGUCAGGGACAACAAGCGAUUCCAUCAUUUCAAGGACGGCGUCUGCUCCUGCGGAGACUUCUGGUGAGGAUCAGGAGCCUUGUCAGCAACUUAAUUGAUCACACGAAUUCCUCAAACUCUUGACCAAGUUGUAAAUUGUAGCACUUGUUAGUGACGAGAGUUGGAUGAAACAAUUUGUUUGCCCAGUCUGAGCGAUUGCUAACACGCAAUUCAACUGUA